AUGGAGAGCUGCAGACUGAAAUUUGAUUCGGUGAAGCUGAUAUAUUUCAAUGAGAAAACCAAAUCAAACGAGAUAAAUGAAAUUUUGAUUGCGGCACCUUCAUUGCCCUCCCAAUACCCCUUCCGAUCCGACGGCGUCGCAGACGAAGCUCAAAUCGUCUUCCAUCCUAGCUUGGGUGGGAGGCAACCUGUUCCCCACAUACUCUUCGACCCAGGCACUCUCGGCGUCGAGCUCCUGCAGCAGCCCCCCCGCGCCGCGUCCUCCUCCUCGCGCAGCCACCCACGACGCGUUCUCCGCGACCUCCUUCUCGCGGAGCAGCCACGCCUCCGCCUGCUAAAUUCAACAUCUGUACGUUAUGCAAUAUCCUCUGAGGCCAGGCGCCCGUAUGAGUUAAAUGAGAUAUGUGAAGAGGUUUGUGUGAAGCCAUUGAGUUCAGAAGUUGAAAUUGAUUUGAGUGUCAAUACACCGAGUGAAAAUUAUGACCAAGAGGCACCUUUGAGACUGACAAAACAGACACUAUCAUCAUCCAAGGCAGCUGAUGUUACUGAUUACGCAGUUGGUGUUCUUAAAGGCAACUUGGUUCAUUUGAAUCAUAUUGAUGCAGUGGUGCAAAUGCGACCAUCAAUGUCACAUGUUAUUUCUGGCCGGGCACAUACUAGGCAGGCUUCACAACCCCGGGAAAUGAAUGGUGGUGAUAGUGGAUCAAUGGAUUCAUCUCGUAAGGGAAAUGAGCGCCCCGAAGACUCCAAGGACCAAGCAGAAGAUUCUGAGCCAUGGAUUUCUCUUGCCUACCAACCAGCAGGGAGCAAUAUUGCAACUAAGUACCAUGAUAAGAUGAUAUCAAAUGAGGGUGCGCCUAUUGAUUUCACAAUGAGCACGGAAAUGCUUUUGCUACCGCUGGAAGAACGCCUGAAAAAAUGGUUUACUGAGGCUUCAGAAGUAAAUGAAUUUGAUGCUCUGAAGCACCUUGCUCCAACCUAUUCAGAGGAAGAAAUUUUGAAAGUGCUCCCAGGGUAUGCAUAUUUGGUGCGUGGUUUAUGGGUCUGCAAAAGUUCUUUGUUGUUUGAUUAUGGAUAUGCUUCCAAAAGAGAGCGAGUUGUCCUUGAAUUUACAAAAAGGGAUUCCAUCCCUUUAAAUAUUAUAGACGCAUGGAUCAUAGUGGAUGACCCUAAGAGGAAGAGGAUACUGUCUCCAUUGUGUAGAAGACGUGGAAUUCUGAAGGACUAUAAAUUUAUAUCGGCAGAUUUGUCCUUUCUAAAACGCUAUCCUCAUGUAGUCAAUGAACAAGAGUGUGCUUGGUCUGCUCGUGAGAUGACUAUCCGUGAGUCCCAAGAAAUGUGCACUACUGUGGCAAGGAAGACCAAGAAUUCAGCCAGACCUAACCUUACUUGUAAAGGGCCUCAUCCAAACAUGAGCAAGGGCAGGGAUGGCCCUUCUCAAGGAAGUGAUGACCUUGUGCUGUCUGUUUUGGGUACUGUUUUCACUGCCAACAAAGUUCGCAGCAUGCAGGCAAUUGUUAGAGACUUGCGCCAGUUGGCUGCAAAAUAUGCUUCCAAUAGAAAGGAUGGAUCCAAACUGCAAGCUCUGUCCAAUGCUGCAAAAUCUUGUGCAUCGCUCCCUCCUGAUGAGCUCAACAAAUCGAUUUGUCAAGUUGCUGUUCCUGUUCAUAGUGUAUUUGUUGCAAAGCAUGAGGAUAGGGGUGCUUUACGAAACAUAUUCAUUUUGCUCUUCAAACACAAAGAACCCAAUGCAACAUUGAACAAGCAGGAAAUUCUUGCUGCUGCUGCGAAGCAUAUAAAAAGAGAGAUUACUGACAGAGAGUACCAUCAGGUUGUGACUGAGAUCUGCGUUUCUACUGAACGCUUGCAAUUGAAAAAUGGUGAUGAGCCCUGA